CCAUCGCGGCUUUUUUUUUUUUUGGGCUGCUUGGGGCGGCCAAAACCCUGGAGCCGGCCCUGUGCAGAAGGCUGUGAGCUGAGUCACUCCUACUCACUUGGCUUUCCAGACCUUUCGGGUAGUUCAGCAAUAGGAACGGAAUAAGGGAUGAAGAUUUGACAAGUGGCUCUUCAGCAUCUCCCCUUUGGGGACAGCGAUCUCUGGUAAAUCCUGGAUGUAAAAGCAAGAUGGCUGAAGAGCAGCAGAAGCGUAGAUGGGGCACAAGGCUGUGACUCCAGUGUUGGAGCACCUGAGUCCUCACAAGCUGGGCCAGGGGAGGGGGUGCAGGCCUGGGGUGCUGGGCUGAUUGGGAAGCCAGCGGCAGUGGCUGUGGGGCUGGAGUUGGGGCUCCCCCUCACCUUUGAGUCUCUGCCACUCUGGGCUGGGGCCUGGGGCAGCGAGACGGGAGGCAGAGGCAGUUGGCACAUCAGCCCGGGGCCAGAAGGAGGCGCUGCAGGCCAGUGCCCGUCAUGAGAGCGCAGCUGAGAUAUGGCGGGUGCUGCUGGUGUGAGCACCCCAGGCGAGUGCCAGGGGCCGGGCAGCCCUGCUCCCCACAGACAGCCAAUGGCACUGCCUUAUCCAUCUCACUCCUGGGGGGUUCCAGCCUGUCCAAUCCCAGCCCCCUGUGCCCUGGGGCCCCCUCUGAUGCCCACCUUGCAACAAGCAUCCCCAGCCAGGGCCUGUCCCCGCUGCCUGCUGAGGGGACGGGGCUCUGCGUGCAGGUUUGGGUCAAGUCACAAGGAGGGCCAUGCCCCCGGGCAGAGGGAUGGUCCACAGGCCAGAGUUAGGGACAUGUUGCCCCAAAAGAGCCCAGUGGGCCACUGAUCUGGCUGCGAGAGGAGAUAGGCAUUUUAUCUGCUGGGAUGCUGCCCUGCUCCACUGGAAGGAUGAAUUUGAAAAUGAUUUGGGGUUGGGAACGGGGCUCCUGGGAAGGAAAGGGGCAGAGCUGGCAGCUCAGACCUCUCCUCCAUCAUAGGAAGGGUUGGUCUAAGCCCCCUCCCUGCCCAACGCCCAAGGAGACAAUUCCAAAAUGCUUGAGCGGAGCUUGCCAUUUCUGCCAAACUGGGGGUACAGGACAGGCCAUGGGGUCUUAACCAAUCAGGGGUGUAGCCCCCACCCCCAUGCAGAGUCCAGAUUCUCCCCUGUUCCUGGUAUGAAGGGGCAGCAGCCCUCGGGAUGAGGCCAGAGAUAGUCACCCGGGUCAGCUCUGCUCGUGGGGUGGAGCGUGCAGGAAAUGCUUUGGUUUUGGCAACAUGCCGGUUUCAGAGAGACCAUAAAUCCUGAAGCCAGCCUGGAGCCAGCCCUGCCCGGCUGUUACAAAAGCAAAGCAUGUAACACAGCGAGAGCUGGAGGCUCCCCAAGAGUUUGGUGAAAGGAACUUAGGACCUUAAAAGAGGAAGGGAAGGGGGAUGGGAAGAGGGGAAAACACCUAAUGUCCUAAACAGCAGGAGAGAAGGCAGCAGAGGCGGGCCGGAAAUGUGGGGAUGGGAGCAGAGGCCUGAGGGAGAAGUGGCAUUUGCUGAGUGUGGGAGUUAGGGCUGGAAAAGGACAAUUUACUAACAAGGCAAACUGAGUGACAGCCGAGCCGGACACUUCAACCUCUCUAACCACUCAGUGACAGACUUGAAGGUGGCAAUUUUGCAACCAAAAAACAGACUCCAAAGAGAGACGGCUGAACUCGAAUUAAUAUGCACAUUAGAUACAAUUAAACAGAGACUGGGAAUGGUUGGGUCAUUACACUAAUUGAAUCUAUUUCCCCAUGUUAAAAUAUCCUCACACCGUCUAUGGGUCAUCUCGAUUAUCACGUCAAAGGUUUUUUUUCUCCUGCUGAUGACAGCUCAUCUCAAGUGAUUGGCCUCUUACCGUUGGUCUGGCUACUCCCACCUUUUCAAGUUCUCUGUAUGUAUCAAUAUCUUCUGUCUGUGUGUUCCAUUCUAUGCAUCUGAAGAAGUGGGCUGUAGCCCACGAAAGCUUAUGCCCAAAUAAAUGUGUUUAGUCUCUAAGGUGCCCCAAGUCCUCCUGUUCUUUUAGCUGAGCUUGGGUUUGCACCUGAGCCUGUGAGUGGAGUCAGAGAAUCCUGGGCUUCUCUAUCUUUCUGCACCAAAUCCAGCUCAGACCCCGGGCGGGGGGGUAUGCCCGGGGGAAGGAGAUUUUUGAGGGGAUGAGACACUGUUGGUCUCUGACCCGGUCUGGCCAUCAUCAGAACCUGCCUACAGCACAUCUGUGAUUGGUGCAUCCAACCCUCAGAAUGUGGGGAAGGGGAGUGGGAUUUGCUGAUUUGCUCUGGGCUCAUUUCAGAACAUGCGUGAGCUCUGGAGGGAAAGCGCUGUCUCUCCAUGUAUGUUUGUUCAGUGCCCGUCACCUGGGUGCCGCUACAGAAUAUAAACCCUAUUUCUAAAGGCCUCCUGCGGCCCCAUGCCCCUCCCAGCAGCCCCCUGUUUAUUGCAGAUCGCCUCAGCAUGGUGCUUGACAAACAAACGAGCAAAGACAGAGUCCCUAGCCCCCAUGGGCCCAGUCUUCUUCCCGCUGGGUUGUACCACCAGUGAGGAGUUCAUUCCAAGAGGGCUUGUCGCACAGUAGGGUGCCACACACCCAGUGGGGGAACUCCCUGCUGUGUUGAGAGGCUGGAAUAGGGAAUAGCUUUGGGGACCCAGCACCAGAGCCGUCAAACACUGAAUGAAGGAGUCAGCAGAGCAGGUGUGAGAGACAAAUCCAGACUGAUCAGCCCAAACAACAGCUCUGGGGAUGUAACCAAGUAAAUCACCAUGCAGGGGAAUCGUGCGAAGCAAGACAGAGGGAAGCCCAAAGGGGGGACGUCUGGGACACGGCAGCAGAGAAGUGGACUGUAGCCAGGGAGGGAUUGGGUUACAGCAUCUGGCAAGAAGCCCCUAGCAGACCAUCUCUCGUCUGCAACGUCUCUGCUUUGUUGUCCAGAGCAUUUUGCUUUCCCUGUUGUUUGGAGUCUAUGCUUGUGUUUUCUAAAACAACUCCAAAGCCCCAAGGACCAUGGAGCUGGGAGCAGCCUCUGUAACCCGCCUCCCGAAGAGCUGGCCAGGAAGUGAGUGCUGUGUGGAGACCUAAAGCGCCGCUUAAGAAGCGGAGCCUGUGAAUGGUCUGGAGACGGAGAAGAAGCCUUUUAUGGUUGAUGGCAAACCUCAAGCAUCUUCCCACCACAUCUCCCUCCUCUAGCCCUGCACCUCCCCACAAACAGACCCAGCUCUCCUGGAAUAACGCGUCCAGCAGCAAACUGACUGCAGCAGGCGCCCCCAUUCUGUGAGGCUUCAGGAGCCAGCUCUGCAGCGAUAGCAACAUGAACCUGAGAACUGUCCUCAUCCUCUUGGUCCUGGCGCUAGCCACGAUCUUCGCUUUGGUUUGUGUGUUGCUGACGAGAGGAGCGAAACCAGCCAGCUGUGAGCCGCAGACCCUGAGCAGCCAGGGGGGAAAGCACAGUGAUCAGAGCCUGGUCUUCGCUGAUCUGACGCCGGAAGAAAUGGGGCAAGUGGUGAUGUAUCUUCAGGAAAACCUUGGGGUGCCAUUGGUAGAUGCCUCUCAAGCAAACCCUUCUGAUAACUGCAUUUAUUACAUUGAUGUGCAGAUCCCCACCAAGGCAGAGGUGCUGGGGUUCUUGGAUCGUGGGGGCAGGCGACCCCCGCGGCAGGCGCUGGCUGUGGUGUAUUUUGGAAACCAACCAGAUCCGAAUGUCACGGAGUACGUGGUGGGUCCCCUGCCCAAGCCGACGACUCACAGGGAUGUCACAGUGCGGAAGUACGGAGGGAAGCUGCCGUAUCACCGCAGACCGGUGACUGAGAAGGAAUACAAGGAUAUUGACCGCUUUGUCUACCAGGAGUUCGCCAAAGCACCCGGCUUGCUCAGAGAGUGCUGUGAUUAUGAUGAGACCAAUUUUGCUACCCUCACCACAGUUCCUCGGGGGUUCCAGUCAGGAGAUCGUGCCACCUGGUUUGUUCUGUUCCAGAACGUGCAUGGCAGCGGCUACUAUCUGCACCCAGUGGGGCUGGAGGUGCUGGUUAAUCACAGCAGCCUGAACGUCUCCCAGUGGAGGAUAAGCCAAGUGUUCUAUAAUGGCCAGUACUAUGGAGACAUGGAGCAGCUGGAGACCGAGUUCAUACAAGGCCGCGUGAAAGAUGUAAAAGUUAAGAAAGUCCGACCUGACGAGGAAUUUGGCUCCAUGAGGCCCAGAGCAGCCCACGUGGCACCAGGCCCUUUGCAAUAUGAGCCCUGUGAACCCCGCUACAGCAUCCAAAACAAUCACGUCAUCUUCCAGUCCUGGAGUUUCGCCUUUGGGAUGGAUGUGAACACAGGACCACGUCUCUUUGACAUCAAGUUCAAUGGAGAGAGGAUUGUCUAUGAGCUGAGUCUCCAAGAAGCCCUUGCUGUCUACGGCUCUAAUUGUCCCGGCGGGAUGGUGACUAGAUAUAUGGAUGGGAGCUUUGGCAUUGGCAAGUUUGCUUUUGAGCUGGUCAGAGGUGUUGAUUGCCCCUACACAGCCACCUAUGUGGAUAGACACUAUCUAGCUGAAUCAGAGACCCCUAAAGUUAAUAAAAACUCCUUAUGUAUUUUCGAGCAGGACACUUCAGUCCCGCUGAGGCGCCAUUACUCCAACUUGCAGUCCCUGUACUAUGGCGGGCUGACUAAAUAUGCCCUUGUUCUUAGGGCCAUUUCAACUCUCAUAAACUAUGACUACGUCUGGGACUUCAUCUUCUACCAGAACGGAGCGAUUGAAGUAAAAAUCCACGCCACUGGCUAUAUUAGCUCGUCCUUUCUCUAUGGCACAGGCACUGAACAUGGCAAUCGGGUUGGGGAACACACCCUAGGGACAAUGCACAACCAUCUCAUCAAUUAUAAAGUGGACUUGGAUGUUGGAGGAACAAAGAAUUCUCUGGUGGCUCAUGACAUGACAUUCGAUACCGUGCAGGCUCCUUGGAGUCCAGAGCACCAGAUACAGAGGCCACGGCUCACCAGGAAAGUCCUGGACACUGAGGACAAGGCCGUGUUCCCACUUCACUCCAAGAUUCCCAGAUACAUCCACUUCACCACCAACGUUGAAAAUAAGUGGUGCCACCAGCGUGGCUACAGGAUCCAGAUAGUCAGCUUUGCUGGGGACCAUCUGCCAGAAGCCAGUUCCAUGGAGCGGUCCAUCAGCUGGGGGAGGUACAAACUGGCCGUCACCAAACGGAAAGAGGAGGAGCCGACCAGCACCAGCAUCUACAACCAGAACGACCCCUGGACGCCCACCGUGGCCUUCGCUGACUUCAUAGACAAUGAGACCAUCGUAAAUGAGGACCUGGUUGCCUGGAUUUCUGUUGGCUUCCUGCACAUCCCGCAUACUGAGGAUAUUCCUAACACAGUGACUGUGGGGAACGGAGUCGGCUUUUUCCUGAGACCCUACAACUAUUUCGAUGAAGACCCCUCUGUUCACUCACCUGACGGCAUCUAUUUCAGAAGUGACCAGGACCCCAGCAUGUGUGAAGUGAACCAUAUUGCCUGCCUGUCAAAGACCGCCUCUUGCUCACCAUCCCUCCCCCCGUUCACCUACAACGGCUUCCAGAACCAGACAGGUCCCUGAGCCACUGACUGCAGGGCCUUGUAAGCGUGCUGGUGAUCGACUGUUCAUUGGGCCACGUGCUCAGGUGUCCAUCGAAAGCAGCCGUCAGCCCUGGCUCACUGAUACCUGUAGAUGGUUUAUACAGGGCCAUCCUUAGGCAUACGCAGCUGCGUAGGGCACCAUGGAAUUUGGGGCACCAAAUUGCCCCAAAUUUCAUGGUGCCUUAGGCAGCUGGGUGCUGCAUACGCGACAGCACUAGCCCUGGUGACCAGCCCUAUCCCUCGGCCGGACCCCCUGCAAGGGGCAGGGCCGUCCCUAGGCGGGUGUGGGGCCCCGACAACUCCCUCUGCCCUGCCUCUUACCCUUCCCCCUGCUCCGGGCACGCCCCCAUUCCACCUCUUUGCCCAGCGACCCUGCACUCACUGUCAGCGGCGGGAAGUGUCGCAACCUGGCCCCAGCCCGCUCUACUCCAGCAGCUCCCAGCCGCGGCGCUCCGCUUCCCGCCGCUGCUGGUGAGUGGGGGGAUCCCUUCCCCCAAGCCCCCUCCCCCAAGCGACACGGCUGGGGCCAAGACGAGGGAAGUGGACCGGGCUGCUCCCAGCGCCCUGCUAAUCCCCCAGACCACUCUGGGCCUGCGGGGCCCCCCAAAGUGGCCCCCCACAGCUUCUGCCUCCCAGACCCUGGGGGGGGAGGCCUGGGGCCCCACACAGUCCCCCCCACUCCCCGCGGGGUGGCUAUGUAAGGCACCCAAAUGGCUAGGGACGGCCCUGGGUUUAUAUUUAGCUGAACAGUCACACUGCUUACGGUGAAAGAGGGUGCUCUCUCUCUGAUCAAACAUCAUUGGUGUACUCUGCUGCUGGACUGAAAUCAAAAAAAUGCACAAGUCCUAGGCAAAGCACUGAGAUCAGACCAGGAGAAAUCUUGCACUACCCAGCGCUGAACUAGAUGAGACCCCUGCAGCAUGUCUUAUUUCGCCUCACGUUUUUUUCCUGUGAUCCCCUGGUCACGAAGUACAUUUCGGGCUGGAUUUUCAAAGGAGCUCAGCUCCCAUUUAGGCACUUAAAUGGGCCAGUCAGAAGUUGUGUAGGUGGGAGCUGAAUUCCUUUGAGAAUUUGGCCCUUCAAGUGCAGUUCUGCAAAGUGAUUCUAUCUUGGGAUUUCUCAGCAUGCAGGUGACUGAAGCUGCUGCAUAUCCUGUAUAAUGCAGCCCACAGAAUUGUGCAGGGCGGCACAUGGCUGGUCUCAUCUCUAAGGCCACGGGGAUUGAGAUGGCGCAGUGCAUGCUGGAAUCUGUCAGCAAAACAAGUUGUACCUCUGUAUGAAAGAGGAGAGGUGGCUGCAGUCUGCUCCAUUGAAUGCCAAGUAGGUGCAUCGGUCAGGUUCCUGGCGUGUUGUCAGCAGGGCCCUCAAUUGGACAAAGUUUGAAAUACCUCAUGUUUAAUUAAAGUUUUCCCAGGUCCCUUUUGAUUCAACAGAUACCUAGUGACCUGGUGCAGAGUUGCAGUUUAUCUAAGAGUGUAUAUAAGAAAAUUAGACACAGAAGCUCUGCACACUCACUAGACGUGACCUGACGUAGCUUCAAGUAAAACAUUCACUAGCAAGCGUCUGUCGUCUUCUCACAGGCCUACCCAGGAGCUCAGGGUGGAUGUGCAUUCAAGACCAAUUUUUAUUUCCUGUAACAUUUCUGUAUUGCCACAAGCUCCGAAUCCUCAUUGGCUUAGAUGUAUGUCAGUCAAAAUAUUACAGCUGUUAGUACAUUCACAUCUACACCUCUACCUCAAUAGAACGCUGUCCUCGGGAGCCAAAAAAUCUUAGCGCGUUAUAGGUGAAACUGCGUUAUAUCGAACUUGCUUUGACCCACCGGAGUGCGCAGCCCCGCCCCCCUGGGAGCACUGCUUUACCGCGUUAUAUCCGAAUUCGUGUUCUAUCGGGGUUGAGGUGUAGUCAAUAGUUACACAUAUGUCACGUUAUAAAACACAGGAAAAGAUGUGCUAUUAAUACUGAACCUAAUAAAAGGUAAGUGACAGCAGUGUCAUUUGGAAAAGCCUGGUUUUUAAAAGUGCGAAUGGCUUUAGAAAUGUCUUGCUUUUGUCUCCUGUUUUCUGUUGCUGUAAGACAGGGGCUCUCCACCUUUCCAGACGACUG